AUGGCUAAACGUUCAAAUGAGACACUUCGAAAAUCAAACUCCACAAGCGGUGGAUCGCUCACAAAUUUGUUCAAAUUGAACCGAAAGCGCUCCGCUGACGAUGUUGACGAAACCAGAUCUAAUUCAACGUCAUCGCAUUCCGAAACGUCCCCUAACGACCAGGAAUCGAGCGAAAACGAAGAGAAUCCGGGUCACAAAUCCAAGAAAAGACGGACACUGUCAACGGCUGAAGCUGAGGCUCAGGACGCCCGGGAACGUGAAUUGGAUGAAAAACUACCAGAAGAACUUCGUAAGUACCGCCCACGCGGGUUCGCACUCAAUCUGCCGCCUAAGGACAGACUGGUACGUGUGUAUGCAGAUGGAGUUUUCGAUUUGUUUCAUUUGGGCCACAUGAAGCAACUUGAACAAUGCAAAAAAUGCAUGCCAAACGUUGAGUUGAUUUGCGGUGUUCCUUCGGAUCGUGUCACGCAUAAAUUGAAGGGUCUCACGGUUCUGACGGACCAGCAGCGCUACGAAUCGUUGCGGCAUUGCAAAUGGGUCGACGAAGUGAUUGAGGAUGCACCUUGGUGUCUGACGACUGACUUCCUCGAGCAACACAACAUUGAUUACGUCGCGCACGACGAUUUGCCCUAUGCUGCAUCCGAUAGUGACGAUAUCUACCGUCCUGUUAAGGAAUUGGGCAAAUUUGUGGCCACACAGCGCACAGACGGCAUUUCCACCAGCGACAUCAUCACUCGGAUUAUUCGCGAUUACGACAAGUAUCUGAUGCGUAACUUUGCGCGGGGUGCGUCACGACGCGAUCUCAACGUGUCAUGGCUCAAGAAAAACGAAUUGGACUUCAAGAAGCACGUCCAAGAAUUCCGUUCUUACUUCAAAAAGAGUCACGACUCCAUCAACCACGCUUCAAAAGAUCUAUACGUUGAAGUACGCGAAAUGCUGCUGCGGAAGACCCUGGGUAAAAAAGUUUACGCCAAGCUAGCGGGCCAGAAUCCACCCCAAAAAUCCAUCAGAGGAUCCUCACCGGCUUCUGAAUUUGCCCGCACCUACGGUGAUCAAUCAAGCUACGGCGAACACUUCCAAGACGACGAAGAAAACGGCAGUGAAGACGGCGAGAAAGAAAGUCAAGAUCCUCACGACGACCAACAUUCAAAUUCUUCUUGA